GUCCCCCGCUCCCCAUUAAGAAUUGGCACCUUUGAGGAGAGGGGGUACCCGAAUUUGACAGGUACCCGCUCCCACUUCCGCUGCGAUCGCCUAGAGGAUCGGAAGCGGAAGUUGUCCCCCCCCCUCUCUCCCCAUAGUCUUCUGGGACACAUGACAGGUCCCAGAAGAUUAUGGGGCCAUUCACAAAGUGUAGCGCUUCUCGCGCAUGUGCAGUGGGCACUCAGCUGUGAAGCCGCAAGCUGUCACAGCCGGGUGCUCACACUGAAGAUGCCGGCACCGGAGAGAGAAGACAGCCGAUGAAAC